UGAGUAGAAGAGAAACAUGGCAGAGGUUGAUGCAGAAAAAUGAGCGUCGUGCUGUUCCCAGGUCAGACUCAUCCUGAGCCAUGCCUUCUGCUGUGACAACUGUCCUCCUGAUGGGGGCGCUGAUGGUCGCGUCGGCCUUUGCUUAAUCUUGUAAUAAGCAAAGCGUCAGCAAUACCGACUCUGGCGAGCAGCAGACAAAGACUGACGGUGUUUGUGUGUCACAGACGACUUUGAUGGGUUGAAUACUCUGUGUUCCAACAUUGAGCUGGAAGAAUGUGAAAGUGACGUGUGUGGGGUGUACCGCCUGAAUGAAAACAGCUGCGUCAAAUUAUUGACCAUAGAAAAGGAUUUCGCCAACGCAGAGAUGACGUGUCAAAUAUUCCGAGGUCAUUUGGUCAAAGUGCAAAAUGAGGAGGAGCACAACAAGCUGCUGUGUAUGAUGUUACGGGUGUACCCACGACGACUCCACUACUGGGUCGGCGCUGAAAGAGGAGCAGUAAGCAGCCAACACACUGAUGAUGAUGUUGGUGAUGAUGAGCGGAUGAAGAGAUCCCAGUGGUUGUCUUUGUUUCAGGAUGGUAGUUUCAAGAGGGCUGAUGGAAGCGGAGCAGUGGAGUUUGCUCCGUGGGCUAAAGGUCAGCCCGACAACUACAACAAUGGCGAGAACUGCGUGUGGAUGAAUUCUGGCACCUGGGGUGCGUGGAACGACACCCCGUGUGGUGCGAUGAGUUCUGUGGCGUGCCAGUUGGCAAUGUGAUUGUUUGCUUCUCCAAGAGUCAACAAGAGCAGCCACUUCGUUUGUCUCCACGUCAUCACAAACACACUUUCACAGUCGUUGCAAUAA